AUGCGCCUCCUUGAGACCACGACCGGCAAGUUCUUCGAGGUCAGCAACCACCUCGCGGUACCUUAUGCCAUCCUCUCACACACCUGGGAAGCCUCUGGCGAGCAGUCCUACGAUGAACUGCGGCGUAUCACCUCAACAUCCUCGUUCUCUUCAGUGGAGGUUGACACCGGCAUCUCCGACAAGAUCAAAAACGCCUGCGCGCUCGCUCGUGCCCACGGCCACCGCUACCUCUGGAUCGACUCCUGCUGCAUCGACAAGAGCAGCAGCGCGGAGCUAUCGGAGGCGAUCAACUCCAUGUACGCCUGGUACCGCGACGCCUCGAUCUGCUACUCCUUCCUCGCCGACGUCGACGUCCCCGCGUUUGACGCCGGUCGAACCGCGUCCGGCUCGCCCUUCCACCGUGCACGGUGGUUCACCCGCGGCUGGACGCUGCAGGAGCUCAUCGCGCCCCGUGCGCUCCUCUUCCUCUCUGCAUGCUGGUCGGUGUUGGGCACGAAAGCCUCGCUCGCGGAUGCGGUUGAAGCCGUGACAGGCGUGCCCCGGGCGGUGCUCACGCACCGCCUGCGAGUACAGGACGUCAGCGUCGCGCAGCGCAUGGCGUGGGCGGCGCGGCGGAGGUGCACGCGGGUCGAGGACGAGGCGUACGCGCUCAUGGGCCUGUUCGACAUCACGAUGCCGACGCUGUACGGGGAGGGCCGGCGGGCGUUCGUCCGCCUGCAGCGCGAGGUCCUCGCGUGCGUCCCGGACCAGAGUGUGCUCGCAUGG